AUGGCGUUCCUUCUGCAGCAGAUGCUGGGUGAUAAACUGAAGAACAUGACCGGAGGAAACAGUGAAGAAGAUGAAGAUGGCGGAGGAAAAGAGACGGCCGCGUCUAAAGGCAUGAGCAGAGAAGAGUUCGAGGAGUAUCAGAAACAGCUCAUCGAGGAGAAGAUCACCAGAGACAAGGAGUUUGCAACAAAAAAAGCAGAGAGAGCAAACCUUCGAGUGCUGCUGCGAGACAAAUACAGACUCCCACAGAGCGCACAAGACGACGCCACCGUACAGAUGGCCGGAGAUGACCUGGACAUUCCUGAGGAGCUGGCAAAAAUGGUGGAUGAAGAGGAAGAGCAGGAGGAGCUAAAUGACUCUUUUCUGGGGAAACUACAAAACAUGGACGUGGACUUUGACUCAAUCAAGGCGAAAGCUCAGAGCACCAUGACUGAGGUCAAACAGGCAGCGGAAGAAAAAUGUGUCUUGAUGUGA